GAUGAAUUUUAAUGAGCAAAAAAGGCUGACUCACGUCUGCGGUCAGGGGAGGUGAGGUCAGCGCGUCAGCAGUUUUUCGCAUGCGUGUGGGCAGAAAACACGUGACGUCAGUCGAAACGAAACCAAAUUUUAUAGUUCGACUUUGAUUUUUCGCACGUGUGGCAACAAAAACCGAACAAAAAGUAGGAUUUUUUUGAAAAUAAUCCGCUUUAAUGGCUUCUGGAGACGAAUCAGGGGGAAAGGAGAAGAAAAAGGACCCCAAACCAGAGGUAUGAGCGAAAUUGGGCGCCAAAACGUGUCCUAACUUGGCCACUUUUACAACCAUGAGUGAAACUGGAAUGAGUCAGUUUUAUCGUUUUCCAUCGAUUUCUGGUGUACAGGACUUGUGUAUGCGGUUAAGAGUUUGAAAAUUUUAGUAAGAUUUGUGUUAAUUCUGUAUUAGUUUUUGUUCUGUACAGUUGAAAAAGAAAUUAGAUGUUUGUUUGUCUUUGAUAUAACAAACAGCAAUUAUGCAAGGUCAAACCUUUUAUUAUAAAAUUGUCGUAAAAAUAUCGUAUUAAAUGAGGUUUCACUUUGAGGGUGAUGUAGGGAGGUGUGUAUUAAGGCAGCUUUUUGAAAAGGUAUAUAUUUAGUGGAAUUUUUAUGAAAUAGAUUGGGAUAAGUGUACAUAUUAAUAGCAGGAAACAAUCUUAAAAGUAUUGAGUGCUAUGAAUUAUGUAACGAACAGAUUGAAAAUUGUACUAACCUUGAACAGACUAUGCCAGUCAGCCAAUGUAGGUACUGACAUUUAAAUGAGCUGUGGAUAGGGAGAAGUUAUGAAUACCGUACCUGAAUAAUACAAGCAGAAAUUCAACUUUUCGACAAAGAACCUUCGCAACGAAGUGCCUUGGAACCCCAAUCCGCAGUUUUCUUUAACCCUUUAAGUGGCAAUGCUCUCAGAUGCGAUCCACUUUAUUACUUUACUCUGUCUAAUGCCAGAAGAUUUUCCUUGUCAGGGGGAGAGUGCUGCCACUUUAAGUGGCAAUGCACCCAGAUGCACCCCACUUUAUUAUUUUACUCUCUCUAACGCCAGACUUGUCAGGGGGAGAGUGCUGCCACUCGAUGGGUUAAGAUUGUACUCAGUGUGGAUUAUAACGGUCGGCAAUCUGCUAUUUGCCGAACAGAAAUUGUAAAUGGCCGAUCAAUCUUAUUCUGCAAGCACAUUUUGACCGAGCAAAUAAAAUAGGCAGUUUUUAUUUAAAUAAAGGUUCAGUACUGUUCAUAAAGAGAGAGAAGGAACACAAAAUAUUUUCUUGGCUUUGCUGUGACAAGCAACAAAAUCGCACACAGGUUUAUGGUACUAGACAUGCAGAAUUCUCAAAAAUAGCAGAGUCACAUAUUUUCAUAACUGUGCCUAAUUAAAGCAGUGCAUAACAAAAGGAAAAGAUUAAGCAAUUAAUUUAAUCACGAACUUGUCAUAGCUUAGCUAAGAUUUAUUUUUACUUAUGAAUAUGUGUGUAGUUUAUUGAAAUUCAUCAACUUAAGUCCUAAAGGGGUUAAUUUUCAAUGGUUUUAGACCCAACUCUCAACGGUGAAAAUAAGCGAUUCUGAGUAACAUUUUUUAUCGUUUUUAUAUUUGCUCAUUUUUUAUCCAUUUGGCAUGAUGAACGUACCAUUCGUUCAUACGCAGAGUAAUUAAGAUACAAUAGCACGCUGAAAUUUGAUUACAUUUUUUUUGUACACCCUGUAUAUUAGAAUAAUUCAGGUAGGCUUUGAAAUAAAAUCCAAAAAUUAAGAACGCCCUGUUUGUUGUUUUGCAGACUGUAGCAGAGGGGAGCAAAAAUGAAGCUGAUAUAUCUAAAGAACUAGCUGUCAAACAUCCUUUACAGAACAAAUGGGCUUGGUGGUUUUAUAAAAACGAUAAAUCGAAAUCGUGGGAGGCAAAUCUGAGAUUAAUAACUACUUUCGAUACUGUAUCCUUUUAAUUUGUAGUGUAACAACGACAGAGUUGAUGUUUGUUUCCCGAGUGUAACAUGGUUAUUUUGUUGUAUUGUAUUGAAAAAUAAACUGAGCCAUUCUCAAAAGACAACAACAAGAAUGAAAUACUAUUGUUCCCAGUAAACUGCCAAACGACUAGCGUUAGACAGCAGGGAUGAGCCGAUACCAGAAAAAAGUCGAUUCGCCGAUCCGAUAUAUCGGAGCCGAUAUAAAAAAAUAAUCGGCCUAUUAAUCGGCUAUGGCCGAUAUUUCUGUGUACCGGGGUACAAGCGCUGGAUAACGGUUUUUUGACAACUUUUAAUACUUGUGUAUACGCCACAAAUUGAUGUACUAGUUUUAGUGUGUUCCGGAAAAUAUUUACUCAUAUUGGACAGUUACUGUACGAGUCAAAUGAAUUAAUUCAAUGGAUAUGGGAUUAAAAUCAUUAAAUACGCACACAACAAAAGUGUCAAAAACAAGAUGGAGUGUAGAUUACUAGAUUAUAGAGUUAUUUUUCUUAAAAAAACGAAAAAAUUGCGAAUAUCGGCAAAUAGCCGAUUAUAAAAAAUAAUCAGCCGAUUAUUUUGAAAACGCCAAAUAUCGGCCGUACCGAUUAAUCGGCUCAUCCCUAUUAGACAGAGUAAAAUAAUAAAGUAUUAAUAGGGCACAUAAUGCAACUUUAAAGGGUUAUAUGGAAAAUAUUGGAAAAUCGGCCUUCAAAUAACCAUCUUCUGCAGGACAUAGAAUUAUUCAAAAUUAAUUUCAGAUACAUGUCAUUGUAACAUGCGUUCAUUGUGGUAUAAAUCCUUGACAUAAUACUCAAAUAUAAAAGGUGGAAGAUUUUUGGGCAAUAUACAAUCAUAUUAAAAAUGCAGGAAAAUUAGGGUCUGGCUGUGACUAUUCUGUUUUUAAGGUAGUGUUAUGUACUAUUAUUGUUGUUUCAUUAGAGUACUAGUACCAUGUACUAUAUAUUGACAAUAUAAC